CUGCUUCUACCAGAGACACUUCCUUGAAAGAUGGCUGGUUGGUGGGGAAGGACACCUCAGGCCCUGUGAGAACUGGCUCAGCAGGUCUCAGCCGGUGCUUAUGUGGGCCUAGGAAGUGGGAACUAGCAGUUAGCUGACUCCUUUACCCCUGUCUCUCUGCCAAGGUAGCCUUCCCUGGAGUUUGCCUCCUGUUUCUCUCAAGGUCGGUCCCUUCAGAACUUAACCUUCCAUCUCGACCCUUAUCUAGAUCUCAUCAGAAUGCUUCUGUUUAUUUAGUUUGUUUCCUUUUUCCUGUUUCCUUUCUAGAACAACCCCAGUUCACAGCAGGAAAUGUUAACAAACCCCCGAAUCGGUCAGGAGGGUACCCACCAGGAGGGCAGGGGCACUCUCGCUCAGCAGAAUUAUGAGCAAUAAAGGGGAAGUGGCAAGUUGGUACCGUCACAGGUUUGGAUAAAAAUCAAGGUGCUUGGAUCUCUUGGCAUUGAUGGACAACUGGUGGACCAUUGAGCGACCCGAGGUUCAGCACACCAAGCUUGUGCAGUGUCCUGUGUAACAAAAAUGACAAGGUUAACCGUUGAUAAUUAUGUGACUAGCACCAGGGACACGGCACAGCUUAUCGUGGCCAAAAAAAGACAACGCUCUGCCUGGGCUUUUUGUGUUUGAAGUUUGUGGGUUUCUUUAAACUUUAGAGAAAGAGGAGUGUUUAAACUUUCAUACCAGGAAAAAACAAGUGACGAUUUCCCUGGUGGGGCUUCGUUACAGAAACAGCACAGUCAGAGUGCUGAGGGGUGGGGCACAGCGGCCCAUGCCUAAAUCAGAGGCAGGGGAGUCUCUGUGUUUAUCAAGGCCAGCCUGGUCUAUAUAGUUCCAGGCUAGCCAGAUCUACACAAUGAGACUGUCUCAAAAAAAAAAGGGGGGGGGGCGACACUAUAUCUAUUUUGUAACACUAGGAAUCUCCACUCCCCUCUGGAGACUUCCAGGCCUGGAGCUAUCUUUCUGGAAUUAGAGGGAAGGGGAAUCUCUUCACUCUCUAGUUCCCACAGAAGAGUGGCAGCCCUCUGCUCAGCCCCACCCCCUCUACCCUCAAGUGGCCCCAAAUCCUCUCUGAAAGGGUUCAGUUCAAGUAUCAGCACAGCAGCCUGGAAGACUUGGGGUAAGGCAGAGUAUGGAAGGCUUAGAUUAACUGUCCUGACUGCGGCAGGACCACAUUGCCCCACACAUAAAUUAGCUGGGACGUAACUACCCUAGAUUGUCCCAUUUGAGGUUAGAUCAACCCCAGACAUGAACUAAGACUCCUCAGAGCUCUUGGAUUAGUCACAGCAUUGAAGAGAAGAUUUCACGGAGGGAGCUACACCUGGCAGGGAGUCUGGAGUUUCUGGUUUGGAAGCUCAGGGAGGCGGGAGGCAGGGGAGGGGCCUCCAGUUAGUGGGAGGGCUGGUGACUGGAGCUGAGCCCCAGUCAGCUGUGUGGCCCAGGCCUGUGGAAGUCCAGACCGUCCAGGACAAAGGAUAUCAACAGUCUCCUGAAUUCACGCAAGGGGACACUCCACUUGGGUCACCUCAACUGCUGCUCACUGCGUUUGUCAUUCUGAGGUCUCUGCUGAUCCUACGCCUCAAAGAUGGAGGUACUGCUGGGAGUAAAAAUUGGCUGCCUGCUUGCCCUUCUGGUUCUCACCCUGGGCUGUGGCCUCACUCCCAUCUACUUCAAAUGGUUCCAGAUGGAUGCAGCUACAGGUCGUCACUACAGAGUUCUCAGCCUCCUGGGCUGCGUCUCUGCCGGGGUCUUUCUGGGAGCCGGGUUGAUGCAUAUGACUGCUGAAGCCCUGGAGGGAAUUGAAUCAGAAAUUGAGAAAUUCAUGGUGCAGAAUAGUACAGGAAGUGAGGGAAAUUCUUCUCAUGAUGCUGCUUCCAGUUCCGUGGAGUAUCCCUAUGGAGAGCUCGUCAUCUCCCUGGGCUUUUUCUUCGUCUUCCUUUUGGAGUCGCUGGCACUGCAGUACUGCCAUGGGGAUGCUGGAAGAUCCACCGUGCAGGAAGAGGAAUGGGGAGGGACCCAUGCCUUUGGAUUCCACAAGCACCCGCCUGUGCCUUCACCCUCACAGGGUCCCCUGCGCGCCCUCAUCCUCCUGCUCUCUCUGUCCUUUCACUCCGUGUUUGAAGGUCUAGCUGUGGGUCUGCAGACAUCAGUGGCUGCUACUAUACAGCUCUGUGUUGCCGUUCUGGCUCAUAAGGGGCUCGUGGUGUUCAGUGUAGGCCUCCGGCUGCUGAAGAUUGGCACCGGGACAUGGUGGGCCGUGUUCUGCAUACUGUCUUUUGCACUUAUGUCUCCUGUGGGCCUAGCCCUAGGGAUGACUGUGACUGGAGGGGCCUCAGGACCAGCGCAGGGAUUAGCCCAGGCUGUACUAGAGGGAGUAGCAGCUGGCACAUUCCUGUAUGUCACCUUCCUAGAAAUUUUGCCCCGGGAGCUGGCCUGUCCUGAGGCCCCUCUGGCCAAGUAUGGCUGUGUGGCGGCUGGUUUUGCCUUCAUGGCUCUUAUUGCACUGUGGGCCUGAGAGAUUCCUCACUGCUCUGAUGGACCUAUCUAGGAUGGCUUCUCCUGAGGACACCCCUAAAUGACUUUGGUCCUCAUUUUUUCAGUGAGACUAAGCAUUUACUAGGCACGGGCUCUCCCAGAUUUUAUAUGUGUGAGACCCUGUUCUUGCUCAAGACUUAGAAAGGAUGUUAUGUCUGAGUGCCUAUUUAACUGGAACAUUGGUGUCAAGACCAUCACUCCGGGGUUGCUAUGAUGUGUAAUAAAAUGCCCAUUUUUCCCUCUCCCUUCAA